UGCUGUUGCUUUUGCCAGGCAGGACAGCAAUGCUGUAAAGGGAGGACCCGGAGCCUCCAGCAGCAGUCUCCUGGAAUCAUGUGGAUGAGAAGGGACAGGCUUGUUGUGACUCUGAUCCUAGCUACGGUUUUCAUUGCCGAUCUCUACUUUAACAUCCUCCCCAAAGUGCAAGAGAAGUAUUUUAAAUACAACUGCACUUGUCAGGACUCCAAGACCACUGGUGAGAGGAACAGCAGCAACAGGGAUUACUGGCAGAACUCGUCCACUGACACCAGCCUUCCCAUUGCGAGUGAAGCUGGAACUCUGCUGUCCGCUCAAAGACAAACUGGAGCUACUGGAUCACAACUUCAAAAGCUUUUCUCCCACCCUCUGUAUAAUAUACAGACUCCAAAUCCAAGACCUGAAGAGUAUUUGCUUCAGAGAGAGGAAACUCUGAACUAUUAUAUAAGGAAAGUCUCAAGAUGGAACAGACAUCAGAGAUACUACAACAUGGCAGCCAAUAUUUCGUCUACAGCACAAGUGGUCUCUUUAGAACCUGAGUCUAGCUGGAUAAAGUUCCACAUGGGUAUAAACCGCUAUGCACUGUACUCCAGGGAUGAUGCCAGCAUCGAUCAGCUGCUAAAGGACAUGGGGAAAAUAGAUAUAAUAAAUGCAGAUUACACCCAGGAUGAGAAAAUUCUGAAAGGGAUAUGUGACUGCACUCAAGUUGUAAAGCCCAGUGGGCAUCACCUGAAGCUAUCUCUGAAGUUCCAGGACUUUGGCAAGGCCAUGUUCAAACCCAUGAGACAAGAAAGAGAUGAAGAAACACCAGAAGACUUUUUCUAUUUUAUCGACUUCCAAAGACACAACGCUGAAAUAGCAGCUUUCCAUUUGGACAGAAUCCUAGACUUCCGCAGAGUGCCCCCUGUGGUUGGGAGGUUUAUCAAUGUUACCAAAGAAAUUCUCGACACCACAAGAAAUGAAGACUUGAAAAGUGUAUUCUUCACAUCCCCAGCGAACAAUGUCUGUUUCUUUGCAAAGUGUCUGUACAUGUGCAAGACCGAGUAUGCCGUGUGUGGAAACCCUGAUAUGCUGGAGGGCUCCCUGUCCGCCUACGUGCCAGGGCUGACCCUCGCUCCACGCUUCUCCAUCCCCAACCCCUGGAUUAGGUCAUACACCUUUGAGAAGAAAGAGGAAUGGGAAGUGAACCCACACUACUGUGACACUGUCAAACAGCUCUACCCUUACAACUCUGGCAACAGACUGCUGAAUAUCAUUGACAUGGCCAUAUUUGACUUCUUAAUAGGAAACAUGGACCGACAUCAUUACGAGAUCUUCACCAAGUUUGGGGAUGAUGGGUUUUUGCUUCAUUUUGAUAAUGCACGAGGGUUCGGGAGGCAUUCCCGAGACGAAAUCUCUAUCCUUGCCCCUCUGACUCAGUGCUGCAUAGUGAAGCGGUCGACGCUGUUGCGCUUGAAGCUGCUGUCCCAGGCUGAGUUCAGGCUGAGUGACGUGAUGCGGGAGUCCCUGCUCCGCGACACCCUCCCCCACGUGCUGACAGAGCCGCACCUUCUCGCGCUCGACCGCCGGCUGCAGCGCAUCCUCAAGGCCGUGCAGAAGUGCGUCAAGAAGUACGGCGAGCCCCAUGUGGUGGCCGAGGACAUCACUGAGACACAGCAACACAGACACGCAACUGCGAGGUAGCACACGAGGAGGAGCAGGAGGAAACUCUUGAAGAUGGCAGGAAAAGAAAAGCACUGGAUAAUUUAAAUAAUCUGUAUUUUGACUUUUAGGCAAAGGUGCAGUUUAGUGGUUGCAAUCAAUUUCUUAUCCUUAUCCUUAUUAGACUCGCCUGCAAAUAGGGCUACCAUAUGACUCCAUGUUCACUGGGACAGUUCAGGCUUUUCAAUUCUCAUCGCAAUACAUUCUAGUAUGUUUCACUUGUUUCUUUUCUUUAAGAGAGGACUACACUUACCAGAAUGCAUUGGGGUGUGAGGUAAAAAGCCUGAACUGUUCCAGUGAAUAUGGGAGUCUAUGGCAACCCAACCUUUCCAAACACAUCACAAGGAUUGUAAUGCUUAAACCCCAGCGCAUUGCAAAUUCAUUUCAUAUUUAUUGUAAAACGGGUUCCUGACCCCCUACCUCCUUAAUACGUAACCUGAAAGCUCUGCUAAACAAAUGUUAUUUUACUAGAACACUAUUGGCGCCCUCUAAACUGCACUGAAAAAUGUUACUUCUGAGUUAUCAUUCACAAAAGAUAAUGUCCCCAGAAAUCUUUUUCUGAAAACUUGAAGUUUUGUGAGCCUUAUGUUUUGCCUUUUUUAUUUAAUAAAUGCUAUUCAAAUUUACAGUUGUUCAAAUAAUAAAAAAAGAAAAAAUGUCUAGAUUGUGAAUGUUUUCUUAAUAAAUUGACUGGGUUGCAA